AUGCCGGAGGAGGCCCAGGAAGACACCACGGCACCGGUAUCGGCACCGGCACCGAGCCUGGGGAACCGGGCGGCCCUGGCCAACCACGUGCAGGAGGUGAGCCUGCUCCGGGUGGAGUCCAUCAGCGACCUGCACGGCGGAGGCUUGCUGUGCCCCUACCUGGCCGAGGAGGCGCAGCCGUGGGACGAGCUGCUGGGCCUCCUGCCUCCCGGCUGCAGCCGCGGGGCCUUCCUGCUGCUGCUCGCCCUGCUGGUGCUCGCCUGCCUGGCGCUGGCCAUCCUGGGGGUCUACCUGAGCGUGCUGCAGAGCGAAUCCCUCCACACCAUGGCGCACACCCUGCGCGCGCAGGAGGAGACCCUGCUCAAGCUGCGGCUGGCCAGCCUCAGCCAGCUGCGGAGGCUCAAUGCCAGCGAGGCCGCCAGCGAGGCCGGGGCGCCCAGCUGA